GGAGCGGGGAGCCACUGCCCGCGCCCUGCGCGCUAGCAUCCUCCGGGUUCCCAGCCCCGGGUGCUGAGCUCGCCGCUAUAAAUAGCAGGUUACAGCUUCUGCUUGGGCGCACACGCUCUCGCUGGAGAACGCAGGAAAGUCAGCCCGAAAGUGUCUGCCGCUGCUGUCGCCCCCUACUCAGCCUCUGAGAGAGAACCCAAAGAAAUGGUGUCACCUGUCAAGAGAACCGCUGUGUUUUAUGAAAACUCAGACCAAGAGCCAUUAAAACCAAUGAAACAAUAAGCCAAGAUCCAAGUUGUUGAGGAACACAACACAUAUCAGAAUUUCACAGUGGGAUAUUAGUGUGAAGACACAUCGACAUUAAAUCAGAACCCUUUAUCUGGUACUAUUUGGACAACACACUGUGGAUAAUAAGUCAGUUGUGAGGUGGAUCAUGGAAAUCAAAGACGAAGGAACUUCAGAAGAAGGCCAGCAUUUUCUUCCUGCAGCUCAGGCGAUUGACCCUGAGGACACUCAGUUCACAAGCAUCCAGAAGAUUCCCAAUGAGCCACAGUUGGAAUUCAUCCUUGCUUGCAAGGAUCUCGUGGCUCCUGUCUGUGAUCGGAAGCUGAACACAGCAGUGCAGAUCUCAGUAAUCCACCCUGUGGAGCAGACCCCGACGAGGUACUCCAGCACGGAAAUUGUGGAGGGAACAAAAGACCCACUGUUCUUGACGGGUGUCACAUUCCCAUCUGAGUACCCCAUCUAUGAAGAGACUAGAAUAAAACUGACAGUCUAUGAUGUCAAGGAUAAGUCUCACGACACUAUUCGAACCAGUGUCCUUCCAGAGCACAAGGACUCCCCUCCGGAAGUUGGGAGGCGCUUCCUGGGCUCUGCCAGUUUUCAAGUUGGGGAACUGCUGAAGUCCAAGGAGCAGCUGCUGUCUCUGAGCCUGAGAACCUCAGAUGGUGGCAAAGUGGUUGGGACCAUAGAAGUCAGCCUCGUGAAGAUGGGGGAGAUUGAGGAUGGGGACACGGACCACAUCACGACAGAUGUGCAGGGACAAAAGUGUGCAGUAGCAUAUGAAUGUACAGCACCAGACAGUGUGAGUGGAAAGGACAACUUGCCUUUAUUAAAUGCAGUGCUGAAGAACCCUGUGUGUAAGUUGUACAGAUUCCCCACGUCUGACAAUAAGUGGAUGCAGAUUCGCGAGCAGAUGUCAGAGAGCACUCUUUCCUUUCAUAUUCCCAAGGAACUGAUCUCCCUUCACAUAAAGGAAGACUUGUGCAGAAACCAGGAGUUAAAAGAACUUGGUGACCUGUCUCCACACUGGGACAACCUACGGAAAAAUGUCCUUACUCACUGUGAUCAAAUGGUGACUAUGUACCAAGAAAUUUUGACAGAACUCAGCAAGGAAACAGGGUCCUCUUUCAAGUCCAGCAGCAGCAAAGGAGAGAAAACUUUAGAAUUUGUUCCAAUAAAUCUACACUUGCAACGGAUGCAAGUACACAGCCCUCACCUCAAAGAUGCUCUCUAUGAUGUCAUCACCGUGGGAGCCCCAGCUGCCCAUUUUCAGGGAUUCAAGAAUGGUGGUCUUCGAAAACUACUCCAUAGAUUUGAGACAGAGAGAAGAAACACCGGCUACCAGUUUAUUUACUAUUCACCUGAAAACACAGCGAAGGCAAAGGAAGUCCUCAGCAACAUCAAUCAGCUGCAGCCUCUCAUAGCAACCCAUGCAGACCUGCUGCUCAGCUCUGCCAGCCAGCAUUCUCCAGACAGCUUGAAGAGUUCGUUAAAGCUGCUCUCAGAAAAAACUGAGCUCUUUGUACACGCCUUCAAGGAUCAGCUGGUCAGGAGUGCUCUUUUAGCCCUCUACACUGCACGGCCAGGAGGCAUCCUGAAGAAACCCCCCUCUCCUAAGGACAGCGCGGAGGAGACCAGUCCCCAGGAUGAGCCCCCUCAGCUGAGAAGACAGGACUCCAUACCACAUCAUUCGGACUAUGAUGAAGAGGAGUGGGAUAGGGUGUGGGCCAACGUGGGGAAGAGCCUGAACUGCAUUAUCGCUACUGUCGACAAACUGAUUGAGAGUGACAGUCACCACAAAGAAGCUGGCGGAGGCGGCACCAGCAAAGAUGGAGACACGGAACCUUCCCUGGAGGAGUCCAUCACACCUCACCCAAAGGAGGACUGGUAUGAGCAGCUACACCCCCUCAUCCUUACCCUGAAGGAGUGCAUGGGAGAGGUGGUGAGCCGUGCUAAGCAAUGCCUGACGUUUGUGCUGCUUCAGGAACUAGCCUACAGCCUGCCCCAGUGUCUGAUGCUGACCCUGAGAAGAGACAUCGUCUUCAGUCAGGCGCUUGCAGGACUGGUAUGUGGUUUUAUCAUCAAAUUGCAUACAAGUCUACAUGAUCCCUACUUCCUACAGCAGCUUCACACAGUGGGCUUGAUAGUACAGUAUGAAGGACUACUAAGUACCUAUAGUGAUGAAAUCGGAAUGCUAGAGGACAUGGCCGUUGGCAUUUCAGAUUUGCGGAAAGUAGCAUUUAAAAUAACUGAAGCCAAGUCUAGUGAUGACCUACCUGUUCUCACAGGAAGGCGUGAACACUAUGUGGUAGAGGUCAAGCUUCCAGCUACAGUAUUUGAGUCACUCCCUCUGCAGAUUAAAGAAGGCCAGUUGCUUCAUGUGUAUCCCGUUCUGUUUAAUGUUGGAAUCAACGAGCAGCAGACUCUUGCUGAGAGGUUUGGUGAUGUUUCUUUGCAAGAAAGUAUCAAUCAAGAAAAUUUUGAACUUGUUCAAGAAUAUUAUUCAAUAUUUAUGGAAAAGAUGCCUCCUGACUAUAUUUCACAUUUUCAAGAACAAAAUGAUUUGAAAGGAUUGUUGGACAAUCUCCAUCAAAAUAUUCAAGCCAAGAAAAGAAAGAACGUAGAAAUCAUGUGGCUGGCAGCAACAAUUUGUCGCAAGCUCAAUGGUAUUCGCUUUACCUGUUGUAAAAGUGCCAAAGACAGGACAUCGAUGUCAGUGACCCUGGAACAGUGCUCCAUCCUGAGAGAUGAGCAUCAACUGCACAAGGACUUUUUCAUCCGAGCCUUGGACUGCAUGAGAAGAGAAGGAUGCCGUAUAGAGAAUGUACUGAAGAAUAUCAAAUGCAGAAGGUAUGCUUUCAACAUGCUGCAGCUGAUGGCUUUCCCCAAGUGCUACCGACCUCCAGAAGGCACUUACGGAAAAGCUGACACCUAAGUUUACCAACAUGGAAACAAACAGGAGUACAGCUACUGCUUGGAAGAUCUCCACUUCUGUCUUUUUUGACUUUUAUUGAUAUGAGUUUGUGGAGUGAGGUACUCCUGGGUGUCACUCAUAUCAAAACCAACACAUCACUCAUUAAGAGAGCGACCCCACACCGCUAUGUCCGGUCUCUUUUCUCCUUUGUGUUAACUCUAACUGGUUGGGGUUAGUUCAGAAAGUGCAAUUCCAUUCAUAGGGUAUUUAAAUUAAACAAAACAUGUCUUGAGGAAACAAGGUGACUCCCGUGGUGCCAGAGGUGCCUCAGCGAAUGAGUGCCACACUCCAUCUAAACUGUAGAGAGGAGCUAGCGAAGUGACUGAGUUCACAGGAGGCUGCUUCAGAGUCUUGACUGCAGACGGCCUCACAGCCCACCUUACUGUGCUUCAUGAAAUGCAUGCAUAGUAAAUGCAAUCAGGUAACAUGAACCCAAAGAUGUGCGCAAACAUAUCUGCAAGCCAUAUCAUCCAGUUCAUAUGAGAUUCCACCGUCUAUGCUGUAGAUGAAAGUGUGGUUACAGCCACGAGCUAUAACAUAAAACCACGGAUCUUUGAAGAACUCUGCUGGGGGCUGAGAAACCCACCUAGGGACACAGCAGCAUGGCACUUUUAAUGGUGCAAUGGGAAAAGACUUCAAGGAACUAAAAUUGCAGAGAAAUUUAAGAAUAGUGUCCUCUGGUACCCUAAAUGAAAAUCCCCAGGAAUUUGAAUUUUAUUUAGAAAAAGUCAUAGAAGUGAGAGACAUUCUGUGUCUUAGUGUGUGAGUUUGUAGUCUAUCAUAUGCCAAUAUAUUUGGAAUAGGGAACCUUAUAACAUACAUGAGUCAUAAGCAGUGAUAAAUUUACACAGCAAUUUUAGUUAAUCAGGAUUUCAAAUUUGUCCUUAUAGAAAAAUACCCCCAUAUAUAAAGUUGCAAAUGUUCCAAAUUAGUGGUUUCCUUACCGAGCACAUUGUGUAAGACAGCCAUUCAAAGAAUUGAGUAAAUCAAGGCAUCUCCCUUAGAUGACUGCAGAAGAGCAAACACAACCACCCUUACCAUCUAGUUCUUGAACUUCCUACCCUGUGACGUCUGUCUCCUCCAGAUCACUACACUAGCUGUGUAUGAAAAUUCACAGAGGAAAGUCAAGUGGAAAUUAGGAAUUCUCACUGGAGUUGGUGCUCAGAGCUAAGCAAUAUGUGCAAAUUCUGUAUUCCUCCAGUUCUGACUGGAAAAUGCUGUCCAAAGCAUGUUUCUCCUCUGAGGACACUAGAGGGUCCCUACAGAGACUCCUCUUUGUUAUCACAUCAGUCAAGGGUUGUACUGUGUGUUUUUACAGGUCACAUGGUAGCUCUUGGUCCAUCGUUCAAGGGUGGUAUUCUGUGGUUUUACAGGUAAGAGGGUAGCUCUUGGCCUAGGAUGAUAGCUGUAAACGUUUUCCAGAUAGAUCUCUAGUCCCAUGUUGAGUUUUCAAAAGUCUGAAAAAGAUGAUAUUUCAGCUAAUGGCCUGUGACUAUUGCCAAACUGUUUGUAGCCUUUAAGUAAGAAAAAAAAAAGCAUCUACAAAUGGAAAUAAUUGUCUUAGUGUUGUGAGAGCUAGUCUUAUUUCAGUGAUUAAUGUAAUCUUUUAAUUGUUGGGUUUUUAACUAGGUGAUAGGAUUUCUGGUUAUUCUCAUUUACUGUAUAGAGUUUAAGAUAAAAAGAGUUGUGAUGACAGAGGUUUUGUGUCUAGCGCUGAGCUUUUCUUAGUAUCUUCAGGGGUGAUAUGCAUCCCAGGAUAUUUUAUAUGAUUUUUAGUUCAUAAAUAUUUUAUAAACAAUAAUUUUUGUUUAUAUAUUUUUAUAAAUUAACCACCUUAACUCAAAUAUACUAAAUAUUUAUUAACUGGAAAGCCUAUAGUAAGGUUUUCCGGUUUUGUGUGACUUUUCAGAGGACAUUUUUUCUUUGUCGAUGAAUGCUAUACAGAAAUACCAAAGUGAGACAUGUCUAUACUGUGCAUGCCAAAUGAACUUUUCUCGGCUGACAGCAUCAGCAUCAUUUCCUACGGGAAACUUGCACCUGUACACCCUUCCAAUAGAGGAUCUUACCAAGGAAAUUCUUAUUUCCUAAGCAUGAUUCUUCCUAUCCAAAUGCACUCAGACAACCACUUAAUGAUUCAUCAUUGCUAAGACUUUCAGCAUCAAACCAUAAAUGAAAUGUUUUUAAACAUCCCUUGUGCAAACACAGGCACAGUCACCUAGUUCUGUCACCUGCCAUCAUACUGUUCUAUCCGUAUUUUUACUCUCACUGAAAAUCUGUAUCGCAGGUAUAUCUAGGGAGAGUACAUUGAGUCAAACAACUUAUCAAGAAAAUGACAUUUCUAAACAAUGCAGUCUUCUUUCUCACAAAUAAGACUUUCUCCUACUCUCAUCAAAUGCAGGUAUGAAUUCUGCAUUAACUAUUUACAGAGCACCAGGAGAAACAUACUUAAAGCACAACAUGAUAAAGCCAUGAUCAUUAUCCAAAGGUCUAGAGUGUGUGCAUGUCCUCCAGACAGCUAAAUAUACACUUGAGAAAUCUUAUUGAAGCAGAGCCGUAUUUGUGUAUACUGGUUCACUGAAUUCCCACCUCUGCUUUCUUCCUAAAUAUUGCCUUGAGUUUACCCACACACUGCUUAAAACAUCUUCUAGAUGCUAACAUUUGGGUCAGUGUGGUAAUCCAUGAUGUAGCUGAUGAAUUAUAUAAAAUCAGGCAACUCCCCAGUCAGGGCCGUACUGCAUAUGGCCACUAGUCACUCACAAUACUCAUGGCUCUGACAAACUGUGGCUCCUUGAGAGCUGGCAUUUAUUGGAUGAUACACUCACCCUUUCACAUGUUAGGUGGUUUGCAUUAAGUAGAACUCCAAACAGGAAAGGGGGAAACAAACAUGAUUUUUUUCCAAUCAAAUCAAAUCCCUCCCAAUGUAAAGAUACUGUAGCAAGAGACAUUCUCCCAGGUGUGCCCAAACUGGCCCUAGUUGACUCAAGAGAAGCAGUCAUUGACUUUUCAAGAAUUGUACAGUUUAAUUGCUGCACAGUCUCAUGGCUAACCAUAAGAUGUGAAAUGAAUUUAUUAAAAGUAAAGAUGACCAUCAAAGCUUACAACUUCCUGGAUUUUUUAAAAACCAGAUUUUGCAGUUUAACCCACUUCUAAAUGUACUUGGCUCUGGUGGUCCUUCACUGUGCAAAUACUGUAUUGAUAAUACGCAACUGUGAAUCUCCUGAACACAAUGUUCAUAUCUUGUGAUCAGUCACUGUGGGAACAUUUACACCACAGAAACUGACAAGUUCUAUAACCUAGGAUGUUUGUAUCCUGAAACAACAGUUGUUAAGCAUUUACUAGUGUAUGGCUCAGUACCACUAAAACUUGCUUCUCCAGAAAAUAAAUUUUUGGAGGGAGGUUACAAUUAUUAGAAUGGGCUUUAAAUGAAAGUAAUCUUUAAUCAGAUGACUAUAAUUUUAUGUUGGAUUUUAUUAUCAUUAAUGAAAUCUGUGUGUCUAUACAGUGGAGUGGAAACAUUUUAUUAGUAAUCAUAAUUACUAAUAUUAAUCAUCGUAAUAAUUAUUAGAGGGAUGAGUUUUAAAACUAUCAGUAAAUGUGCUGCAAGUGACCCUUAACAACAUAGCCUUAUUGUAAAUAAUUUCGGGACUUAAGUCAGGAAAAUGUUGUUAAUCAUAACAUCAAUAAAAUACACUCCGUCUCACUUUCUAAACAUAGGAUUAUGGCUUUGCUGAGAGCGAAACAGAACCGUAUCACUAUCCAGUGUUAAGUAAGUUAAACACAGUUGAAGCCCAGACUGUUUGAUUAAAUGAAUUAAACUCUGGCAAUAUGCUAAGACAACCCAGAUAUAGAUAUCUGAUUCCUAAAUGCCAUUUAUUUUAGUUCAAUGUGAGGGACAUAUUAUGUAAUCUUAUAUGGACUAAAUUAACUUCGGGGGUGUCAAGACAUGGUUUGUCUUUUCACACAUGUUAAGAAAUCUUGUUUAAGAGACUGAUCAUCAGGGCGGAGGGAGACAGGUAGAGUGGAGAGAGGUAGGUGAGGCAGGGAGGCAGGAAGACUGGGCACAAAACAGUGCCACUACCUAGGAGCUGUGUACAGUGUGCACUCCUCACAAUGGAAAAUAAUAUUCAAUUUGCUAAGAACUAGCAUGGUUGAUUGACAGGUUUAACAUACACAUAUACUCAUCCAGCCCAUAUCCAAUCUGUGUAAGCUAUGCCCCCUAUAUUUAUGAUAUUAGCUUUAUAAAUAAAAUGACUUUGUGUAGUUAACCUUCUCUUUCUCUGACAGCUUGAAAUUAGAAUUUUUAUUGCACCUUUCCAUGCAAAGAUUCAAACACUGUCUUUAAAAAUAUAAAGAUAAAAAUCAACAUUUUAGAUAAAACACAAUGUACCCGUUAAUAUGAAGUUAAGGAACGGGUAUUUGCACUCUCUUCCUGAGCAACGAGGCAUGUUAAUUUCUCUUAGAAUUUUAUUUCUAAGACUACAAAAUACAUCACUUAUGCUUCUGAGCUAAGAGACCCAGAUAAUGCCUAACUAGAAAAGGGAGACAUAUAAGGUAAUAUUAAUAUCUCAAAUGGUAGAACCAGUUGUUUUUCCUGAACUUGGAUUCUUACUCAGGUGUGCAUAUUUAAAGUCCAGACUUUAGCUCCCAAGAGCAGGGAUAUUAGGAAAAUGUUUCUGCCCUUAAGUCAUGUGCUGUAGGCAUACACCAGUACACUCUAUCUCUCGGUAACACUGGUCUUUAAACAAGGAGGUAUAUACCAUUCUACACUGGAAGAAUGUCUACAAAGAUUUCAUACUAUUCCUGUGUAUAAAGGGGCACAAUGUGUCGGUAUGGCUUUUUUGAUGCAGGCUCUAGAGGCUGAAUUUUGGCCAAUAUGCCUAUAAUAUCUGUAUAUUUAUUGGAAUUAUUUAUAUCACCAUCAAGAUCAUAACCUGUCUGUGUUGAGCCUUCACACUUUUCAAAUGGCAGAGCUGUUAUUUAUCUGCUCACGCCAUCCUUUCUACGCACACUUUCUUGUGUGAACAUUUUAUCUUUUACUUUCAUGCAUUUUCAGAUUCGUGAGGUAUUCGUUUGAAAGGUUGGCACUUGCUUUCUUUUUAUGUUAAAUAUGUACCCUAGAUAAACCAAUAUUGUGUAUUCCCAGGAAAUGAACCACAAAUAGAUAGAUCACUUUAUAUUAGCAUUUGAUGAAUUAUCACAUUUGUUUUUAUUUUGUGUAAGUCAUAUUCAUUAUGCACUGUAUGUAUAUUUUUGUUGAAAUAAAUAUGGUUUUAUUUUUA